AUGAGUAAUAGCAGAAAUUCCUUUGAAGUAAUCGAUAACCCUUUUAUUCGUGAUCUAUUUCAAGAACUUAAUCUAAGAUAUAUUCCUCCAUUGAGAACAACAUUAUCUGAACAAUUAUUAGAUCAAGAAGUCACUCGAGUUUCUCUGAAUAUUGAAAAAGAAUUGAAAUUCUUAGACCAUCUAAUAUUAAAUGCUGCUUUAAUUGCAACAAAAUUAUGGCAAAGUCUUAGUUAUGAUAAGCAAGAAAGUUAUGAAUUAAUUUCUCACUUGUGUCGAUUUGAAGCUUAUUUGGCACCUUAUGAUCUACCUUAUAUUGAAAAUAUGGAUACUUCUGAAUUAUAG